AUGGCUCCCUCCAAACCACCCAACCCUUCUUCUAAAGAAAUUAUAGAAGAAGCUAUCCAAAUAUCCACCCUCAACCUCAAUAAUGCAAUGCAAGAGACUCAAGAACAAAUGGAUGAGAGAUUUGCUCACAUCUCUUCUGAUUUAUCCAACCUCCAUACAAGGUUAGAUAAUGACAAAUCCGUGGAAGACUCUAGAUAUGAAGCUCUCAUGGCCAUCCUUACCAAAAUCUCUUUACAAAAGGAAAUACAGAAUGCUGCUGCUGCUGCUGCCAGCGCGUCUACUGUUCACGCUACAGGAACAGUUUCUAACGCAGCUACUGUUCACGCUACAGACACAGCUACCGGAUCCGUUACUGUUCACGGAUCAUCUAGCCCAUCAGGUAUAUUCCAUGCUACUUCUUCUAUUCCUAGGGUUUCAGCCCCUUUUCCUCACAUUUCCUCUCCCACAGCCACCCCUAUUAGACAGUCUGCCACUCUUUCUAACACCCACUCCCAACCAACACCCAUGAGAAACAUUCACACUCAUAUUCCCCAUCCCUUUCAGACUUACCCUCCAAUUCCUACCAUUUUAUCUGUUUCCCAACCCUACACCAUUCCUUUUUCCCAACAGCACACUUUUUCCCCUCAUCUUGCCUUUCCCCAAAACCCACCCAUUCCUUCUUAUCCGAAUUUAUCCCACAUUCCACCAUUACCAACUAUCCGAACACCAAAACUUGAACUCCCUAUGUUUGAUGGAUCUGCACCCCUUGAUUGGUUGUUUCAAGCGGAGCAAUUUUUCAAUUUCUACAAUAUGCCACCUGAAAAUCGUUUGUCUUUAAUUUCAUUUUAUAUGAAAGGAGAUGCCUUGUCUUGGUUUAAAUGGAUGCAUCAAAGUCAUUUAUUAACUGAUUGGUUUUCAUUUAUCAAGGCAUUGGAAUUACGCUUUGGUCCUUCUAGUUUUGAUAAUCAUCAAGCUGAGUUAUUUAAAUUAAAACAAGAAGGUUCAGUAGUUGACUAUCAAACUAAGUUUGAAAAAUUAGGCACUCAGGUUGUGGGCUUACCGGCAGAAGCUAUUUUGAAUUGCUUUAUUUCUGGUUUAACAAGUGAUAUUCGCAAUGAAAUGGCCAUUCACAAACCAACCAACAUUUCACAAGCCAUUGGAUUAGCUAAGUUAAUAGAAUCCAAGCUAAAAGACUCCAAACCCAGAUUUUCUAAACCAUUCCCAAAUCCUUACACUAAGCCCAAUCCCUACUCGCCCAGCCCAACUUCAAAACCAACAAAUCCCUCCACAACCCAAGUCCCAAAUCUGUCCAAACCCCAACAAAUCCCAGCACCCUCAAAAUUCCCAAUCAAAAAGCUUUCCCAAGCCCAACUUCAAGAGCGAAGAGCCCAAGGAUUAUGUUUUAAUUGUGACGAAAAAUUCGUUAUUGGACAUAAAUGUUCAACUAGCAGAUUUUUAAUUCUUAUGGCUGAAGAUGACUCGAAUUGCGAACCUAUGGGGGAUGACACAAUUGAAGAACCAGAAAUAGAACAAGAUUUGAAUGACACGUACUUUCAACUCUCCCCCCAAGCCCUAACAGGGCAAUUUUCCCCACAAACACUAAAGUUUAAAGGCAUGAUUGGUGGAAUAUCGGUAAUGAUUCUAGUAGAUACAGGCAGCACACAUAACAUUAUGCAACCCAGAAUCGCUCAGCACUUAAACCUCACAUCUACCCCCAUUACUCAAUUUUCUGUCAUGGUGGGAAAUGGCUCUCACUUACAAUGUGAAGGUAUUUGCAACAAUGUUCCUCUCAUGUUACAAAAUGAAGUUUUCCAUCUUCCUUUUUAUCUCUUGCCAAUCGAAGGUGCGGAUAUUGUUCUUGGAAUGGCAUGGUUACGCACUUUAGGACCCUUACAAGCAGAUUUUUCCAUCCCAUCAAUCUCCUUUAACCACAAAAAAAAUAACAUCACUUUAAAAGGCGACCCUACAGCCCAUCCCACCCAUACUACAUUUCACCAACUUAAACAUCUUAUCCAUACAAAUUCUGUUGCCUCUUUUCACCUUAUGAUUUUCCAAAACCAUGAACCUACACCAAACAGCCUUUCCACUGAUGAUCCCUUGUUUAAACCCCCCCAAACUCUGCAGCCAGAAAUUCAAACAUUACUUUCCAACUACCAAAAUAUUUUUCACCCACAAGAAGGACUUCCCCCAAACCGACCUCAUGAUCAUCACAUUCCUCUUUUACCCAAUACAUCACCCAUCAAUGUCAAACCUUACCGCUACCCACACUCCCAAAAAACCGCUAUGACUACAAUAAUUCAAGACAUGUUAAAAGAAGGGAUCAUUAAACCUAGCCACAGCCCUUUCUCCUCACCAGUUUUGUUAGUUAAAAAGAAAGACGGUACGUGGAGAUUUUGUGUGGACUAUCGUGCUCUAAAUGCAGUCACCAUAAAAGACCGUUUCCCAAUCCCAACCAUUGAUGAACUCUUGGAUGAGCUAGGCAGUGCUAAAUAUUUUACCAAGUUAGAUUUACGCUCAGGCUAUCAUCAGAUCCGCGUUGCAUCGGAAGACACACAUAAGACUGCUUUUCGGACUUUCGACGGACAUUAUGAGUUUCUCGUAAUGCCGUUUGGGUUAACUAAUGCCCCCUCAACAUUCCAAUCAGCGAUGAAUGAUUUACUAAGACCUUACUUACGAAAGUUUGUUUUAGUAUUUUUUGAUGACAUACUAAUCUAUAGUUCCAAUUUCAAUGAUCAUCUAAUUCAUUUGCAGGUUAUUUUUGACCUUUUGGAGUCUCAUGCUUUUGUAGUGAAGUUACCUAAGUGUGUUUUUGCAGUGCAACAGGUACACUACCUAGGUCAUGUUAUUUCAGUUGGAGGUGUUGCUCCUGAUCCGGAAAAAGUGCAGGCCAUGUUAGAUUGGCCUACUCCACGUUCUCACUCGUCUCUCCGCGGUUUUUUAGGCCUCACCGGAUUCUAUCGUCGUUUUGUGAAAAACUACGCCACACUCGCCGCUCCCCUCACCGAUCUAUUAAGUUUCACUAAAUUUGCAUGGAGUACAGAGGCGGCCGCAGCCUUUACAGAAUUAAAACAAAAAAUGACCGACAUGCCGGUGCUAGCUUUGCCAGACUUCUCAAAACAAUUUAUAAUCGAAACUGACGCCUCCGGUGUGGGUAUUGGUGCAGUUCUCUCCCAAGAGAGUCAUCCUAUUGCUUUCUUCAGCAAGAAAAUGUGUCCCCGAAUGCAGGCUUCUUCGGUUUAUGUGCGUGAGAUGUUUGCUGUUACAGAAGCGGUGAAGAAAUGGCGUCAAUAUCUUAUAGGACAAAAAUUUCAUAUCUAUACAGAUCAAAAAAGCUUGCGCAAUCUCCUACUUCAAAGAAUUCAAACUCCAGAACAGCAGAAAUGGGCAGCAAAACUACAAGGAUUUAACUUUGAGAUAUUUUACAAACCUGGCAAAUCUAAUUUGGUCGCUGAUGCUUUGAGUAGAAAGUUUCACACUUCUGAUUGUCUGUUGUUAGCCAUUUCCUCCCCUAUUCCCGAGUUGUUAGCCACACUCCGUCAUUUUUAUGCAAAAGACACAGCAGGUCAAUCAUUAGCUCAAGAGACUACUGGGGAAAGCAACAUUUCUAAUUUCUACAAGUUUCACAAUGGACUACUGUACUUUAAGGAGAAGUUGUUUAUACCUGAUAUUCAAGAUCUUCGUCAUCGGGUGUUACAAGAAUUUCAUUAUACACCAACUGGUGGACAUUCUGGUGUCAAAGCCACGCUUGCUCGACUCUCUGCAUCCUUCUCUUGGCCUGGCAUCUACAAGGCGGUGAAAACAUUAGUCCAACAGUGUACAGUUUGUCAGCAAAACAAAUAUCUUACUCAAAAAAAAAAGGGGCUACUGCAACCUCUUCCAAUACCUGAACAGGUUUGGGAGGAUCUGACCAUGGAUUUUAUUACACACCUCCCUAACUCCUUUGGACAUACUGUCAUUUGGGUCAUCUGUGAUCGAUUAACAAAGUUUGUCCACUUCAUUGCGUUGCCUACAAAGUUCACCGCCAAAGAUCUUGCUGUUCGGUUUUCAGUGGACAUAACACGACUUCAUGGACUCCCAAAGUCCAUAGUGUCCGACCGUGAUUCUCUGUUCUUGAGCAAAUUCUGGAAACAGUUUUUCAAAGCACAAGGUACUACAUUAAAAUAUAGCACAGCCUACCAUCCAGAAACAGACGGCCAAACAGAAGUUGUAAAUCGAUCUCUGGAAACUUACCUUAGAUGCUUCGCGAGUGACCACCCCCGCCAUUGGUACAAAUUUUUGCAUCUUGCAGAGUUCUGGUAUAAUACGUCUUUUCACACUGCCAUUAAUAUGACGCCUUUCAAAGCCCUUUAUGGUCGUGAACCACCUAGCGUUCUUCCAUUCCUACCGGACCCCGACCUGGAUGACUCUUUGGCUACAUCACUCGAAAGCAAGCACAAAAUAUUACUAGAGUUAAAAGAGCACCUAAGGAAGAGUCGUAUUCAGAUGGAGAAACAGGCUAACCGAAAACGUACCGAUUUCACAUUCAAAGAAGGAGAUCUCGUUUUGCUGAAGCUGCAACCUUAUCGCCAACGCACGGUUUCUAACAGAUCCUCGGAAAAAUUAGCAAAGCGUUAUUUUGGUCCUUUCAAGGUCAUCAAACGUGUUGGUUCGGUAGCCUAUGUGUUGGAUCUGCCAUCAUCGUCGCGUAUUCAUCCAGUAGUGCACGUUUCCCUUUUGCGUCCUUAUUUUCAUCCUCACCUGCAAGAUGGUUUACAACAAGCGGAUUCAGAAAACGAAAUCAACAAGGAGGACGAAGGCAAACAUGAAACGACGGCAACUGUACCUGUUAACACCAACCAGCUUCCUUCUUGCGCGCUUCCGGUCACCCCUUCAAUACCUGCAAGUUUCAAAACACAAAUGAGUUUCAACAAAUCUGAGCAAAGAAAACCUGAAGAGAGACAAUCUGUACACACCUAUGGGACUACUGCGCUCAACAUUCCGUCUCACGAUGAAGGCAUUUCGCGAUGCUUUGCUUCAUGCAGACCAGGGGAACUUGAGAAAUUUUGGAAGAGGAAUGAAUACUUGCUGAGAGAGACUUCGGUGGAUCUGAGAAAUGAAAAGGGAACUAAUACACUUGCCUCAGAUAUGUAUUAUGUACCUAGUGAACCUCUUGAGAACUUAAGUGAUAAGAUUUGCCUUUCACGUGACCAAGUUACUGUGCAUCCAGCUGUUUCUCCACUUCCCAACGCAAAGUCUUCUGAACACUCCAACAUGCACAAGGCUCAAGGCGCCACGCGUUCUCAUCCAAACCCAUUAUCUUCUGCCACGAAAUCCCCACCAUUCAUUCAAAACUCUCCUUUCCUUGAAUCCUGCGCUGACCGUUUGAAUGCUGUCCAACAACUCUCUUCUCCUCAAAAAUCUGCCCCACAAAAAAAGACUGGGCCUACUGCCCACCGUGUUUCUUCUUCCGGCCCAAAAUCACGGAACCCAAAUCCUAGUUGUUCUAUGAACCUUGAGGACAAGGUUCUUUGUGACCCCAUGAGUAUUGAUAUGAAGCGGCCCAUUAGGCCCACUAGAGAAAAGAAGCCUUCUAUAUUACUCAAAGACUUUUAUUACUAA